CUUUACAUUGGCGCUGGUUGCUGCUUGCUGCAGGCCAUUACGAGCUGACGCGAGGUUGCGCGAGACAUUUGCGAUCAGUUUGGUGGUAGUGCGUGGUGGUGCACGUUAGGUCGUUCUCUAUCGUCAGUACUGGUCAAUACGGAACGAUCUAAAAAGCGAGGGAAAUCCUACUAUCUCACAAUAUACGAUACCAAAAUGAAAUUGGCUUACGUGAUAUGCACAUUACUGUGCAUAACGCUAGUGCUAGCCGACAACGAUGCAUUACACCUGACUGACACGACAACAGCUGAACCUAUCAUUCCGUCAAAUUCUGUAGCAGACACGUCAAAGACUGUCACUGUUUCGGACUCUAACAAUAUAACAAAUGGGACGACUACUCCUGUACCACCAAAUACAACUAAACCUGCAAAUAUUACUACUUCAACUACUACUACUACAACUACAACUUCAACUACUACAACUACUACUCCUAGUACUACCACCACCACCACUACUACUGCUGCUACUACUACUCCUACACCUAAUAAUCAUACUACACCAACCACACCUACAAAACCAACUACUGUCCCGUCUCCUACAGCUGCACCUACUAGCACAGCUUCAUCAGCAACAACAGCUGUACCACCUUCGCCAUCUUCUAAGGACCGCCAGUUUGAUGGUCUAAGCUUCUUUGGCGGCAUUAUCCUUACUACAUGUCUGAUGGCGAUCGCGGCGUUCUCGUGGAAAUUCUACAGGCAGUGCAAGGAAGGAAACUACCGUACACUGUGAUAACAUACAAGGCUAUAAACAAAUUUUCGUCAAGUAAAAGCUAAUUGAACUAAGAACUAUAAAUAAUUAUUUUAUUGUAAUAAUAUUGCGUAUUUUUAUAACGCAGUUAAAUGUUGCGUGGUUUAAGUGCUCUUAGUAAUGUGAUGUGCAACCACGAUUUCCGUUUUUCUUUUUUUUUCGAUAAACAUAUAUCUAAAAGAGGGGGGAGGGGGAGGGGGAAGUCAAGUAUUUGUAUGUAUGUUUGGAAAUAGCGUUGUAUUUAUGCGCGUUUUACUAAUGCAUGAGAGAUUGUGACAGGUUGCGUGUUACAAGUAGAAGAGAGAGUGAUAGAGGAGAUGGAGUGAGGAGGGAGAGAAGGUGAGCGCAUUGACGAGAGCUAAUGACCAAUCAAACGUACAUUCCAAGAGAGAAAAAGAGGGAGAUCAUAGUUCUUUAAACGCGCAUUAUUCCAGUUCUUAUUAGCUUUCGCUCAAAGUGUGCAACUGUCGACGAAAUGUAUCUUUAAUGUAUUGUACGGUGUAUAUAUAUUCCGCAGUAAAGUUACAUAAGACCUGACUUUUCUACGAGACGGGAGAGAGAAGAGAAAGUAUUGGACUUAAGAAACAUUGAGCUUGACACGGGAAUCUAUCUCGGUGUAGAAACGCCACGUAGAUGCCGAAGCGAAACGAAUCUACAAAAUAUUUGAAUCUCAGACAUGAAUCUCACAGACAAAUGUGUCUCACAGUAUAGAUGACAUUGACGUGCUCGAGGCGCACCGUGUAAUAUACAGAGUUAAAGCUGAACUGUUAUUGAAAGUAUUGAAAGUCGUGUCAUAUAUAUAUAGUAUGAUAGUAUGAUAAUACGAUACGCGCGAGCUAUUAACUCUCUCCUUAUAUAUCCCUUAUCGUCAAUCUUGCUGCACAAUAUUUUUUUUUUGGCAAAACAUGUGGUAUGACUAAUGUAUUGUCAAAGAGAAGGUUCUUCUUUUCUAUCGGAUUUUGCACUCUUUUUUUACAUAUUAUUUAUUCUUAUUUACUCAACGUCGCCUGAAAUUGCUUAUAUAGAUAUAACAGUUAUAUAUAUAUAUAUUCGUAAUUAGAUGAUUUUUCAUUGAUUCACUAUUCUUGAGUGCGUCAAGAAUCAUCAAUUAUUUACGCGUUGCGAUCGUAAUCACUGAUGUCAUGGGAAUCUCUUUCAAAAUGCUUAUUCGUCAAAUAGAAUGCCUAAGUAUUAAACAGUUCCUUUCUCAAAUUUUCGCCUAAAAUGAAUCAAACUACAUGUCACCUGGGACGUGUUUUCCAUCUUUCAGUGCAAAAGAUAUUAUGUAGAACACAGAAUUAAUUUAUCGCCUUUUCCUAGCACGUGUAUUGUGAGAUAAUAUCUGAAAUAUCACAAUAUUGUAUUUAGUAAUCUUAAGUGAUACUCUAAAUAAUGUGUCACGUUUAUUAUUUUAAAAAAAAGCAAAAAAAAAAAAUACUAUGUAUAUUAUGUUAUAUCGAUGUACAAUCUCUUUCGGUUUACCUUAGGUUACAUUAUGGUAUAACAUUUAAAAUUCAAAGGCACAACUGUGUUAAUAUUUCAUGAAGCCUAAUCCCCUUCCCGAUAUUCCUCUCGUUAAUACGCUACAAUAGCAUUAUUGUAACGGACACUUGUCUUCAGCAACGUUCAUAUUUCGCCAAUACGCGACGUUCAUAUUUCACUUUGUCAAUAUUCUUUAUCGCAAAGUGGACUUUGAGAACAAAGGUAUGCCUCGGCGUUUAUUUGAAAGUGUCAUAAUUAAAUAAGUUGAAAACAGUGUAUAGCAUUAAAAAAUUCUCAAAAGUGGCAAUGCAAAUUAGAUGUAAAAUAUUUUUGCCAUUGCAUUCGUAAGAUUACGGAUUAUUCAAAAGCUGUCCGGGGAGAGAUAAACGUCUUUUCGCAUUUUCCGCAUAACAGAAAUAAAAUCGCAUGUAUCGAACAAAUGACCUAUAAUUUCCACGAAAAAUGACGUCAGUGCAAUAUCUAUCGAAGAGCCGACAAUGCCGCGAAGUAUCCCUUCUUCAUUCUCCCCUAUUGUAAAAAUAAUCAAUCGCUGCCGGGCCGAGGACCGCGGCGUGUUUUGCCAUUGGCAUCGUCAGAACUGCUUACUGGCGUAAUUUAAAAUACAGGAAUUUGCUCUGUCCAGAGAGGGUAUUGAUCGCAUCGUGCCGUUGUUACACAUACUUGACACACAUAUUUCCGCUUAAAAUUAAUACGCGGCUUAGAAACUCGCAACUCUAAUUGUCGUCCCUCACACCAAGAGAGGAAAAAUCCAUUAUAUCGCAUAAAGGUGCAAAAAAGGAGAAAAGAAAAUAACGGGGGAAAGGUGAAAGGAGAAGAUCAAUAACGAGAAAACCAUCUACCGGGUAUUGUGAAUAAGGAUUUGCACGUGACAGAGAAAGAGUGAGAGAAAGAGAGAGGUCUACAGUUUCAUCGAGGCUGCAAUGAGAUAUCCGAUGCGGCAAACACGGCGGCGCAGGACGAAACCGUGAUAUUGCAGUCGAUAAACUUGCAUGGCUUGGCAAGCUGCGAUAAUUUAUUCGACACUAAGAGUUCCUUCGCGUUCCAAGAAAACGGUUGUAGAACACGGUUGUCUCGUUACUUAGAUUUCGGAACAUCAUAUUUUCAUUUAGUUAACAUAAAUUAGACGAAAUGGAAAGCAUUCGUAUUCUCGAAUUUAUUGUUGGAGAUGUUCUAAUUCGAUGUUUCAAGUAAUUUAUUUAAAAAUGAAAGAAAAAUCGUUUUACUUUUUGCGAAGAUCUAAAGAAAUGAUCUAUUAUUAGAUGGCAUUAUGAUAGAAGAAAAACAAGAAAUAUGAAAAUAUGAUAAAAUAAAUAAUUGACCUAUUAUACGUAAUGUUAUAUAUACAUAAAAUAAAAUUAGACUACAGAUAUAUAAUGGGAUACUAUAAACGGAUUAUUAUGUAGGCUAAAAAUAUUGUAACUAUGAUGUACAUUAGAAUCAUAGAUUCUAUAUCAUCAGAUUAUAAAAUAUAUGCGUAAUAUAUAUGAUCGAGUUUAUGAAUAACGAACUAUGCCAACUUUGUAGAAGCCAUAUGUUUUUACUCCCGUUUUAUUUUGCGCGUGUUGAGCGUGCGAGUGUUGCGGCGUAACGUUCCCAGAGAUGAGAUAGGACGUGGAAAACCAGAUAAAAAAAACACACGCGUGCAAGAAAAGAGAUCGCGGCGAGACGAACCUGACGUAAUGAAAAAAAA